AGAUGGAAAAACAGGGAAGGUUGGUUGUUGAAAAAGUGGGAGGAAGGUCAACUGUGACAAGGAGCUUCUCAAAGUACCCUCUCAAAUUCAUUGUCCCCAGAAAGGUGGGUUCUUCUAAAGCUGAUGCUGUUUGGGUUUACACCCUCACCUAUGGUGGUGGCAUUGUCACUGGAGAUUCUAUUUCAUGUGAGUUUACCAUUGGAGAUGGUUGCACCACUGUCAUAACAACCCAGGCUUCCACCAAGGUUUACAAGUCUCUGGGAGCCAAGUGCUCUGAACAAGUCAUGGAGGCAAGAGUUGGGAGCAAUGCCCUUUUGGCUGUCAUUCCCGAUCCUGUGACAUGUUUUUCCACUGCAAGAUACUCCCAGAAACAAAUAUUUAGGGUAGUCGCUGACUCAAGUCUGGUCUUUGUCGAUUGGAUUACCAGUGGGCGUCAUGAAAGUGGAGAAAAAUGGGAUUUUGAUCUAUAUAAGAGUGCAAACCACAUCUUUAUAGGAGAUGAUGAGCCUUUGUUUCUUGACAUGGUGCACCUGGAGAGUGGAAGUGUUUCUUCAAUUGCAGAACGCAUGCAGGACUAUCAAGUCAUUGCAAUGGUUGUACUGUUGGGGCCAAAGAUCAAGCACAUCCAAGACCUAGUUCAAGAGAAUGUGAAAAGGAUGAUGGCUGAGCGAUUGCACAAUCAUUCCACAGCCUCCUCAGGUCACCAAAAGCAAACGAAUUCUCAUUGUCACUUCACCAAACCAGGCUUUAUUGCUUCUUCGAGUAUUUUUGGCCCCAAGGGAAUAGGGGUUGUUGUUCGUAUAGCUGCCACAACAACCGAAUCAGUUUACGAGUUCCUGCAGCAUCAAUUGGCCGGCAUGGAGCCACUACUUGGUGUAUCACCAUACCGUUGAAAAUCUGCAUGGAGAAUGUUCGGCAAGGUGUCUAGGCUAUGAUUUUGUUGAUUCCACACUACAGAGCCUUGUAGCCUACUUAUGUUAGACCUUAUCAUCACCGGAAAUUUGCCUAGCAUUCUGCAUGGGAGUCGGAAUCCUCAACUCUGUAAUUUCAUACCAUAUGUUCUGUGAACUGCCUGUUUCAUCUGGAAAUGCAUGUAACUACUCCGAUCUGAGUUGGAACACUGAAGAAAAUAAUGUUCUUUAGCAAAUGGCAGUUA